GAUCCACGCACCCAAGGACAGCGCGAGCCCAUUGGCUUACAGCACAGCGCUCUUCCGCCUGCAUUUCUCUGUGUAACUGCGUCGGACCGCACAAAAUAGCCUAAUUAUGAUAAUACAAGUGCAUUUCUCGGGUCGGUUUGGAUGUUCUCUACCUUCUUCACGACACGAUACACUGUGACUUUUUUCCUGGCGGAGAGUACAGCUAACCUGGCCGCCUGCGUGGGGGCGCUGCUAGCUAGCUAGUGAGACAUCCAGCGAUCAGAGGCCAUAAAGGCAUAGGCGGUUCAUCUGCUAUUAGCCAGGUCUACGCGAGGGUGCAUUUGGCACAGACACAUCCGUGUGAACUGUGCACAAACGUGCUUCAUUGUUUCGGGAUGAGACAAGUUUUCUCGGUGGUCUUGAUAUGUAGCCGCUGCUUUGUCCGCCGUGCCCUGGUACAAACGGGAAUAAGGUCAUGGAUUUCCCGGGCCACUUUGAGCGGCUGUUCCAGCAGCUGAACUGGCAGCGGCUGCACGGGCAGCUGUGCGACUGCGUGGUGGUGGUGGGAAGCCGGCACUUCAAAGCGCACCGCGCGGUGCUAGCCGCCUGCAGCACGCACUUCCGGGCGCUCUUCACGGUCGCCGAGGGCGACGGCAGCAUGAGCAUGAUCCAGCUGGACAGCGAGGUGGUGACGGCGGACGCUUUCGCCGCCCUGGUGGACAUGAUGUACACGUCCACGCUCAUGCUGGGUGAGAGCAACGUGAUGGACGUGCUUCUGGCCGCCUCCCACCUGCACCUGAACGCCGUGGUGAAGGCCUGCAAGCACUACCUGACCACCCGCACGCUGCCGGUGUCCCCCCCCGGCCAGCGGGCCCCCGGCCUGCACGUGGAGCAGCAGCAGCAGGCUAGUGCGGCGGCGGCGGCGGCUAACUCCCGGCUGCAGCGCUCCUUCCUGCUGCAGCAGCUGGGCCUGAGCCUGGUGAGCUCGGCGCUGAGCGGCGUGGAGGAGGGGCCAGGGGAGCGGGCCGGCGCUGGCGCCGCCGUGGAGCAGCGCGCCUCCUUCCCCAUCCGCCGCUUCCACAAGCGCAAGCCCCCCCUGGCCCCCCCCGAGGACCUCCCCCGGCACAGGCCACGCCCCUCCACCGCCUCGGACCCUCCCCUGAGGGAUGCCGAGUUCUCCCCCGAUUCCCGCAGGAUGGGGGGCGGGCCCGAGCCGGACAGGGGGCCGCAGUAUGGGGCGGGGGCCCCCCACGAGGACGCUCAGAUGCCCACGCAGUCGGACAGCGGGUGGGGAGGGGGGGGUCAGGGCAAAGAGGAGUACCCUGACGGGCAGCCCAAGGUGGAGGGGGUCCAAAAGGAGGGGGCUGAGGAAGAGGAGGAGGAGGAGAUGCGGGUGGUGGUGAAGAGCGAGCCCCUGAGCUCCCCGGAGCCGCCGGAUGAGACCAGCGAGGUGACCUCCCAGGGGGGGGGCAGCGAGCAGGCCGAGCCGGGGGCCGACAAGAUGGAGCUGAGCCCUGAGAGCAGCGACCGCAGCUUCUCAGACCGGGGGGGGGACAUGCAGCUGCCUGGAGGGGGCGUGGGGGGGCGCAGCGCGGACGGGGACAGGGACAGGGGGAGCCUCGCCUGCAGCAGUGACCUGGAGCCCAAGCUGCCCUUCAGCGUUUCCGGGUUCCUCUCCCCGGGCUUCGGUGGGGCGGGGGCGGGGGCGGGGCGCGGGGGCGACGACAACGCGCCCAACACCACCACCGCCGAAUGCCCGCUGGACCGCGGGGCGGGGGGGUACCUGCUCAGCCCCGAACCCCUCAACGGGACAGGAGCCCUGCUGCAGCACCCCAACCAGCGCCUCCUGCAGGACGACAUGCGCCACUUCAGCGACGUCCAUGCAGACUCCCUCUUCCUGCGGCCCGUGCCGGACGGGCUGGGGUACCAGCGGGACGGGGCGGAGCAGUUCGCCCUGGACUUCCAGCGCUCCAGCCUGGGCCUGCACUCUCUCUCCCGCUCGCCCCGAGGGGGCGUGGCCAGCCUGGAGUUCCCCGCGUUCCGCCGCAUCGCGCCCAAGUCCACUUUGGGAGGCGGGUCGGCGUGCACGGACACCGCUCAGCUCCAGGACGCGUCUUCCUCCUGCUCCUCCUCCUCGGCCGUGGGGGGCGGCGUCCAGCUGAACGGGGCGCAGUUCAGCAGCGGGGCGGGGCAGCGAGGGGUGCCCCCGCCCCCGCACCCCCAGCUGACACGGGCCUCGGCGGACGUCCUGUCCAAGUGCAAGAAGGCGCUGUCCGAGCACAACGUCCUGGUGGUGGAGGGGGCUCGCAAGUACGCCUGCAAGAUCUGCUGCAAGACCUUCCUGACGCUGACGGACUGCAAGAAGCACAUCCGCGUGCACACGGGCGAGAAGCCCUACGCCUGCCUCAAGUGCGGCAAGCGCUUCAGCCAGUCCAGCCACCUGUACAAGCACUCCAAGACCACCUGCCUGCGCUGGCAGAACAACAACAACAGCAACCUUCCCAGCUCGCUGCUCUGAGCAGCUCGCGCCCCACUGGCCUCCCCACCACCAGGGGGCAGUGUGUCCCUCCACCGCUACAUUGGCAAAAUGAGAUCAUGGGCUUCAAUCACAUUUUCUUUCUUCUGGUGCAGUGCAUAAUUUUACCCUUCUUCUGCAGUUCCAUUACUCUUCAGAGAAUGAACGGGAACCGCCACACAUUUGGACAACUAAUCUAGAAAUUUAGGAAAUGCAGUGAAGCGGGGUACAGGGCAUCUGAGGGCUGCUCUGGGAUUGUGCCUCCAAACCCCCCCCCAAAAACACUAACACUAACACUUGAAACUAAAAGAAAUGCACCGUUGGACUAAGUGUUUAAAGUGUAAAUAUUACACACUUUGUAUUUCUUUUGGGUAUUUUUUCCUUUAGAAGGAAAUAAAUAAUAUAAAUAGGCUUGAAGUUACUUAACUGUUUUGUGUAAAUACUUCUGUUUUUUUCCCUGAAGUGUUUAUGAAUUGUGUUAGGGUUGCCAGACUGGGGUUAGGCCUAGGGUUGCCAGACUGGGCUUUGUGUUUAUAAUAAACGAGCUCACUGGUCAGUGGUUGCGACUACUUCACUGGAUUCCUGCCUAUUACUGCCUUUAGCAAUCUAGUGGUACAAUUAAGGUACUCUAAACACUGAGGAAUCCAGAUAAAUCACAGCCCCAAUAAAGAUAAACCCAAAAUAUCAUGGAAUUAAUAAUACUAACAUAUUUGAAUUCUCAUAUAUAUUCUCCUUUAAUAAUGAUUCAGUGGUAUCAACCAAAAUGUCUGGUAGGAAUGUAUUAAAAUCUGGUAAGUAGUGAUCUUCUGUGAGCUUUCACUCAAACGUAUUAAUUAAAAUAUCCUGUUUAACAAUGUGGAUUCCAAAAGUCAUUCCAUUUGUAGUCUUUUAAAAUUGCAAUUUUGAUUCGAACCCGAGUACACUGGCUUACCUCACUUGCAUUGAGGCUGUGGGGCAGACCUGAAUCUGCUUUCAGCCAGUCAGCAGGCCAGCUGAAGUGUUUGCUGUACCGGUUUUGGGCAUACAUCCUCAAGUGUGCCUGUCCUGAAUGCUAACAUUGUCCACACGCUAACACUGUCCACAUGCCAACACUGUCCACACGCCAACACUGUCCACACGCCAACACUGUCCACACGCUAACACUGUCCACACGCCAACACUGUCCACACGCUAACACUGUCCACACGCCAACACUGUCCACACGCUAACACUGUCCACACGCUAACACUGUACACACGCCAACACUGUCCACACGCUAACACUGUACACACGCCAACACUGUCCACACGCUAACACUGUCCACACGCUAACGCUGUCCACACGCCAGCAGGCUGCUGUGUCAAACCAAUCCGUCGCCAUUGGUAACGAGGGAUGGAAGCCAGUUGCUUGUGACUAGAACUACACACACAAUUUAGCACAAUUUAGUCAUCAUUGCUCCACAGCCUAAGUGACCAUUUUGAAGAGUAUUGUUGAGAUGGAUUUAUAGAAGUGUACUGUGUAAAUAUGUCUGAUUUAUCUAACAAUUUUUAUAGCAUAAUGGUGAUGCUGACAACGUCACAUUAAAGAUGAAAACAAGUAAAUGCCUUAUGACUUUGGCCUUUUCGCCCAGGUUAUGAAAUGCCAAAAGUGAAGGAGUGCUGUGCUCUGCUAACACUGAGGGCCUGAUUUACUGAGACCUUUAGCAUGUAAAACCAAUAACACAACCAACGAUUGGUGGAAAAACAAAACCAUGACCAAUCAUUGGUCGUGUUAUUGGUUUUGUGUGAGCUGAAGGUCUUAGUAAAUCAGGCACUUAAUGCAGUGUGAGUGAUAGAUUAAAUGUGUUCACUUUGUAGAACAGAACUGAACAAAUAUUUAAACAAUGUACCAUAUUUCAUUUUGAUGUAUUAAUUGGAAUAAAGAUGGAAAAAUCCAGAGAA